CAGGGCCUAUCAUUGCUCCUACUAGGUACUUCCUGUCAACCUGGUAGGCCACUGAACUCUUUGUCCAUGGCCCUUCAGCUCAUUCACCAUGACAGUGCUCUUAUCUAAGUCUUUCUGAAUUAAUUUUUCAAGUAAGAUUUUAUGAGGCUGUGUAGGAAAUGUUUUGCUGAUGCUUCAGUCCAGUCUCAUGGCUUCUGCUGUUUUCCUAUUUUUCACAGAGGGGAUUCUGUCCAAGCAAAAAACAACUGAACUAGCUCAAAUGCAUUUUGAGCUAUCCGUUUUCCCCCUCGAGGUGUAACUUUGCAAUCUGUAGCUCCUUGCUGCCUUAACAACAAACAUUCUCAAAGGUUAGCUUGCAGUGUACAUUGUUUACCACAAUAAAGGCCAGAUUUCACCCCACACACAUCGAGUAAAAUGUUGCAUACGGGUGACAAUUUUCUCUUUGCCUCAGCAUAAUCUUGGUUUCAGGCCAGGUAGGAACUCAUUUAAGCAAAGGGAUUUUGCAAGAAACAGAUCUCUGGUCAGUGUGAAGAUGGCAGAAAUGAGCUCAUACUAGAUAAAUCAGAAUUUUCUCUACCUACUCCCCAGCAGGUGGUGAUUUCACAGAAUACCCUCUUAGAGCCUGUAGCUUCUCAGUCAAGUGGGGAGUAUCACUUCUCACUGAAGGGACGUUCAUUUCUUUUUUUCUUGUACAGUACUGUCUAAUUCCCUUUGGAAUGACAGAGCUAGCAUGAAGUUAACGUCCAUCAGUGAAUCACCUAUACAGGUUCAUUUUGUCAGGAGUAACCCCAGUGCUAAUUACAUCAUAAUGAAAUCAGGCUUUAGCAGUUAAGAAGACCGAUAGAAAUAUGACAUCCUUCUCUCAUUCCUCGCACAUUUCAUUACUCUGGCUACUUUGUCUUCUAAAAGUCUGUGUAACCUAGCAUUUCCUUGUACACCUUUUCUCUGCUGCCUCAAGGAUUCAGGAUAACUUUUCCUUAAUUAUGUAUUGAAACAUGAAGAUUUUUUUUUAAUUCUGUGUUGGUAUAGAGUGAAGUCUGUAGUCUGCACAGAUAGAACCCUGCUCUUGUCCUUGUUUCAACUGCCAUGAGAAGCACAUACAUAGAUGGGAAUAGCUUUGACUAGAAUAUGGUAUCCUGUCCUCUCUUGUUCUCUGCACUGUUUUCCUUCAGGGGUUAUCUUGCUCCUUCUGGAUAAGUUACGGAAGAUGAAAUGGGAGCAGAUGUGGAGACUCACAGCUGAGAGGGAGUUAAUGAGCAUGCUGUCCACUUCACUGGCUGACCAGGAUAUCUUCAAUGCAGUCAUCAAACAAAACCCCUUCCUUGUCUACCAGCUUCCAUGUUUUUGGAAUGUGCAGCUGUCUGAUCACACCCGUUCCGAGCAGUGCUACAGAGAUGUGUCUGAUCUGAAGGUGAUUCACUGGAACUCGCCGAAGAAGCUACGAGUGAAAAACAAACACGUGGAGUUUUUCCGCAACCUCUACCUGACAUUCCUAGAAUAUGACGGGAACUUGCUGAGACGGGAACUCUUUGGCUGUCCCAGCGAGGCAGAUGUUAACAGUGAAAACCUCCAGAAACAGUUGUCUGAGCUGGAUGAGGAUGAUUUGUGCUAUGAAUUUCGUCGAGAACGUUUUACUGUCCAUCGCACUCAUUUGUAUUUUUUACAUUAUGAAUACGAGCCUGCUUCGGACAAUACUGAUGUAACGCUGGUGGCUCAGCUCUCGAUGGACAGGCUCCAGAUGCUUGAAGCCAUCUGCAAACACUGGGAAGGUCCAAUCAGCCUGGCACUCUAUCUUUCUGAUGCAGAAGCCCAGCAAUUUCUGCGUUAUGCCCAGGGCUCAGAAGUACUCAUGAGCCGCCACAAUGUCGGCUACCACAUUGUGUACAAGGAGGGCCAGUUCUAUCCAGUGAAUCUUCUGAGGAAUGUGGCCAUGAAGCACAUCAGCACACCAUACAUGUUUCUGUCCGACAUUGACUUCUUGCCCAUGUAUGGACUCUACGAGUACCUCAGGAAGUCAGUCACCCAGCUAGACCUGGCUAACACCAAGAAAGCUCUGAUCAUACCGGCUUUUGAAACCCUACGCUACCGCCUCUCCUUCCCCAAGUCAAAAGCAGAGCUGCUAUCUAUGUUGGACAUGGGAACUCUCUUCACGUUCAGGUAUCACGUGUGGACAAAAGGGCAUGCGCCAACCAACUUUGCCAAAUGGCGAACAGCCACCACCCCGUACCGCGUGGAGUGGGAAGCAGACUUCGAGCCAUACGUUGUUGUGAGGAAGGACUGCCCAGAGUAUGACAGACGGUUUGUUGGAUUUGGCUGGAACAAAGUAGCUCACAUCAUGGAGCUGGAUGCACAGGAGUACGAGUUCACGGUGCUGCCCAAUGCCUACAUGAUCCACAUGCCGCAUGCCCCCAGCUUCGACAUCACCAAGUUCCGCUCCAACAAGCAAUACCGCAUCUGUCUCAAGACCCUGAAGGAGGAAUUCCAGCAGGACAUGUCACGUCACUAUGGCUUCGCAGCUCUCAAAUAUCUCACGGCAGAGAACAACAGCUAGCACAGCAGAGCCCAUUUACAGGAAACAGAGAUGCCGGAGGGAGGAGCCACUCAACGUUUCGGGCCCAGUCUUCAAACUUCAGACUGAGAAAUACUUUCUGUUUUUAUACCAUACCUGGCAGUUCUAAUAGUAGGGAUUUGAAGUGACAUGUCUUCAGACUGAGGUCAUUAGCCCCUUCCUCAAUGAUCCCAGGCCUUUCAGCUUUAGCAUUUGUGAGGUGUCAAUGAGAGGGGCCGGCCACUCACCAGCCAUACCACAGGAGGUGAGAAUGAGGCAUGAGCUGGGAAUGUACUCUGUUCUCUUAACUGCAGAGCAAAGACAGACCUUCAGAAUAUAAGAUUUCAUGUUGCUAUUUAAUUAUGAGACAUAGUUUUUAACUCUAAAGGAAGAUCUUCGGGUCGCUGUCCUGUGAAUUUCAAAUCUGCACUACUCUGAAAGGGAACUUUCACCUGUGAACAUUCAUAGUGGCCCUCAACAUGGAUGACCUUGUUAAUGCAGGAUGAGCCAAAAGUCUGAAUUAGCCUUGAAAAUGUAGGGGACACUUAUAUAAUACUGCACUCCAGAGAAGGUGUUACUGGUUUAGGUGUGUAAAUGGUAUUGGUUGGUCUUUUAUUCUCAAAUUAGUUACAUUUUAUCAGGAAAAUCCCCUAUGCCCUGCCCUGCCAUUCCCCCAUCCUAAAAGCUGUUCCUUUCCUUGCCGAGGAAAUGUUCCCCUUGUAUUUCUUUGCCAUAUUCGGUUCUAAUGGUCCAGUAAAGGAGAUCAGUAGCUCGGCUAGAAAGUGAACAAAACCUAUCAGUGUAAGAUCUGCUUUCACCUGAGCAACUUGUUCAUGUGUGUCUCAUAAAAUAAAGGGCCUGGUUGUAACUCUUUAUCUUUUUUAGGCAAGAAUUGGAUUUUGCCUACAAGGCAUUUUGUGUGGGGGAUAUUGAUUCGUAGACUCAUUCAGUGCACGCCCAUCUGUGAAGGCAUCGGGCAUUGGGCUUUAAGUGGACUACUUUGCUGAACAGGCAAUACAAGCAUGGCAACUUACAGCCUGAGUGCUCUCCUGCCUGCUACAAGGUCUGAGAACUACUUCGUUAAAGGAGUAUAUAAAUAAAAGGAACAGAACUGUUAGGAAUAAAUUCCCCAUUCGAGGGAGAAAAGAAUGUGUUGGGAAUCUGAGUGUGAGUGUUUGCUUAAAUGUGGACUGGUCAAGUUCACAACUUCGAUACACACAAGAAUAUUCUGGAGGGUGGAAAGGAAACCUAACAAGCAGAACACAGAAAACAAGACACUGGACUUUUUACCGUUUUCUUUAUUCUUCAGUAUUAAUGUUGUGUUUACAUUGGAUAAGGAGAUGAGGUUUAAUGCACUACCCUUUGCAGGGCUAUUUGUAAUUUCUUUUGCAAUGUUAAUAGAGAAAGCAGAAACAACUCAGUGAGAAAUGUGUCUCUCUCCCUUCCCCAGAUCCCUGUGCAACCACAUGUACCAAUACCAUUGCCUGAGCUGGGAAAAUGGAUCCACAGUGCAUUAUGCUCACUUUGUUCCAUUUUGUUUUUCAGCCACUGCAUCUUUUACUUUCCUCCCUGCUUCAUCCCUCUAGAGCUUGGUUUUAUUUCCAACCUGACAUUUUGUGAGAGCUUUCUGUUACGGUGGAAACCAUGCAGUUAAACCAGACAUUUAAACUGCAAAUAUCAGUUCAUCAUGUUGUGUAUAUAUAAGAAAAGUCAAAAAAGGCAACAUUUUUGACAAGGAAUAAAAAGGGGUGGGAAGCUA